CUGCCAACAGAGGCAAUGGAAGGAACCAACCAGUCUAUUGUGACUGAGUUUGUGUUCUUGGGACUUUCCAAUUCCUGGGCAAUCCAGCUUCUCCUUUUCCUCCUUUCCACUGUGAUGUACGUGGCAAGCCUGAUGGGAAACCUCCUCAUUGUGCUAACUGUGAACUCUGACCCUCAUUUGCAAUCUCCUAUGUACUUCCUGCUGGCCAACCUCUCCAUCAUUGACCUGAUAUUUUGCUCAACCACAGCUCCUAAGAUGAUUUAUGACCUUUUCAGGGAGCGCAAAACCAUCUCUUUUGAAGGCUGUCUAGUUCAAAUCUUCUUUAUCCACGCAGCUGGGGGCAUGGAAAUGGUGUUGCUCAUAGCAAUGGCCUUUGACCGAUAUGUGGCCAUAUGUAAGCCCCUCCACUACCUGACCAUCAUGAGUCCACGAAGGUGCAUUUUGUUUUUAUUUGCCUCCUGGAUUAUUGGCCUUAUUCAUUCAGUGACUCAGUUGGCUUUUGUUGUAGACUUACCUUUCUGUGGUCCUAAUGAAUUGGAUAGCUUUUUUUGUGACCUUCCUCGAUUUAUCAAACUUGCUUGCAUAGAGAAUUACACACUGGGAUUCAUGGUUACUGCCAAUAGUGGGUUUAUUUCUGUAGCCUCUUUUUUAAUUCUGAUGAUCUCUUACAUCUUUAUUUUGGUGACUGUACACAAAAAAUCUCCAGGUGGUAUAUCCAAGGCCCUCUCUACUCUGUCAGCACAUGUUAUGGUGGUGGUUUUGUUUUUUGGGCCUUUGAUCUUUUUCUAUAUGUGGCCAUUUCCCACAUCACAGUUGGAUAAAUUUCUUGCCAUCUUUGAUGCAGUAAUAACUCCUUUUCUAAAUCCACUCAUCUACACUUUCAGGAAUAAAGAGAUGAAGAUGGCAAUGAAGAGAUUAUGCACUCAGCUUAUAAAUUACAGUAAAAUCUCUUAAAUAUAUU